AUGUCGCAACCACCUCCUGACCAAGCUCCUGCUGGAGGGGUCCCUGAUGCUGCUGUGCCUGAUGAAGCUUUCCGGGCUGCAAUCGCAACUGAGGAUGGAACCCCGGCCACUGGUGAUGCUGCGGUGAACGCGGCUGUCCAGGAUACCGCCAGCUCAAAGGACGUCUCCAUGACUGAUGCUCCUCCCGAGUCUGCAGCUUCUCCAGCCCCCGCCAAUGUUGCGUCCACCCCAGUCAAUGCUGCAUCUCCGAUGCCUGUGCGAACCGGCACCCCGAUGCGUAACACCAACGGUGAUUCGGGCUCGAGAUCUACUUCGCAGCACCCUGACCCAGGAUUCACCAUGCCGAGUGAGGCGCCGCCCCACGGUGCGCCCACGCGCCAGUAUCUGAAUAGCAAGGUCACUGGUGUGUUGCUGGAAGGCAUGAAGCAGUUGGCGAAGGACAAGCCGAAGGAUCCUUUGAGAGUGUUAGGCGAGUUCCUGCUCCAGCGCUCGAAGGAGCUCGAAGGCACCUCAUAA